AUGAUUUCUGCGACCGAUACAUCCGAGUUGGACAAUUCGCUGAGAACAAAUACGUAUUUCGAUAGCUGGGCAAACGGAUCGAUCCAGAUCCGCAGUCCUUUGGAAGUGUAUCAAGCUAAUGUCCGGUUGGCACAACUCAUCAUCGAUAUGCUCAGUUGGACUGAAUUACGAUACGCGUACAAGUUAGCCUCGUUAUUGAGUGACCAUAUUGUUGCCCGACUGGCUCAGAAUGGGGACGGUAAAGCCGAGUUGAAAUUGAAUCAAUUACCAAGUGAAUCUACAACUACCACAGGUUUGGUAACUCCUUCGGUAAGUUCGUCAGAAUUCUCAGCAUUACAUUUAAAAUCGAUAAACUUAUGA